AUGACUAACAUUUCUUUUUACCAUGCAACCCUAGCUUUAUACAUAUUGUUACAACUUUCGGCAACAUCACCUGCAGAUGCAUUACGCGGUUUUACCACCAGUUUCAUUCAUAGAGAUUCACCCGCAUCGCCAUUUUACGACCCCUCGUUAAGUCAAGCCGAUCGAACAACUGGAGCCAUUCGUCGUUCUAUCUCACGCUUGUCUCGUUUCAAGUCGGCCCUUAACCUCCCCAACAACGAUGUCAAACAAACCGAAGACGUGAACUCGAAAAUCGUGUGGGCUAGUGGAGAUUACCUCAUGGAGUUUUACGUGGGCACACCGCCCUUCAAGCAACUAGCGAUAGCUGAUACCGGUAGCGAUAUUACAUGGACUCAGUGUCUUCCAUGCGAAAACUGCUUCAAGCAAGAUCAACCUAUUUUUAAUUCAGAAAACUCGUCAACUUUUCGACCAUUGACUUGUGGUUCAAGUUUAUGCCAAGCCCUAGGAGAUUCGAAUGCAUGCAAGGAGACAAACGGAACUUGUCAAUACCAAUUAGGGUACGGCGACUUUUCCUCCAGCGUUGGUGUCUUAGCUAUGGAAACUUAUACCAUAGGGGGAACAUCAAUACCGAAAUUGGCUUAUGGUUGUUCUCAUGAAAGCCAAGGUACGUUCCAACCAGAUACUGCCGGAAUUGUAGGGCUUGGAGGUGGAUCCUUUUCGCUAAUCGGCCAGCUUGGAAAAUCGAUAGCCGGGAAAUUCUCUUAUUGCUUGGCGUCUUAUCAUAAAAAUCGUGUGAGCCAGAAAAGCAGCAAUAUUAGUUUUGGCUCAAAUGCGAUUGUGUCCGGGUCGGGCGUGGUCACAACUUCAUUGGUCUCAAAGAGUCCGAAAACUUUCUAUUACCUCACCUUGGAAGCGCUUAGUGUUGGAGGAGACAAUAAAACGAGAUUUCCAUUUAAAGGAGUUAAUGCUGUUGAAAAGGGUAAUAUCAUAAUUGAUUCAGGCACGACACUAACUAUUUUACCCUCGAAUAUGUACCAAAGUUUGGAGGAUUCAAUGAAAAGAGCAAUUCGGGCCGACCCGGUUCAAGAUCCACAAGGACUUUUGAAUCUUUGUUAUAAAAAUGUCGAGGGAUUUACUGCCCCAACAAUCACUGCCCAUUUUGCUGGUGGUGCUGAUUUGGUGUUGCCGGAUACGAGCACUUUCGUUUUGAAUGGAGAUUUAUUGUGUUUGGCGAUCGUUCCUAACGAUGGGGUGGCCAUAUAUGGAAAUUUAUCGCAAGUCGAUUUCUUGAUUGGGUAUGAUCUUGAGAACCGUACUGUCUCUUUUAAGCCAACUGAUUGUUCAAAGGAGUAG